AGGAUCAUGUUCUAAGAUUAAUCCUGCCUUGGUAGAAGAAAGGAAGACCCCUAGAAUGGACGCACUGAGAUAUAACCGGUAAUCUUAAUCCGAUACACACGAUCUGACUCAGCUCAAUAUGGCACCGGAGCAAAAGGCACCCUCCACAAAACACCCAUCUAACAAAGACCCCUCUAAAACUGAGCUCGCUGACUACUACUACUCUUGGGUCCACUCCCACCUCAUUUCCAAGCAGACCCCUGCUCUGGGGUUGUUUCCCAGGUCCAGAUCCAGCUAUAUAACUGAUAAUGUGUACUGUGCUGUGACUAUAUGGGCUCUUAGCAAGGUGUUCGGCAGACUGAAUGAUGGUACUGGGAGACAAAUAGAAUUGGAGCAGACCGCAAUCAAGACAAUGAGAGCCAUCCUGUUCUGCUUCAGCAAGCAGCUUGAUAAGCUCGAGAAGUUUAAGCACCAACAAGACCCUCAGUACUGUCUUCACACCAAGUUUGACCCGGACACUGGUGAUGAACUUGCUCAGGAUUACCACCACAUGCAGAUCCGGGCUGUCUCCCUCUACCUAUUUUACCUCUCCCAAAUGAUCCGCAGUGGCUUGGUCCUAAUCUACACUUUCCAAGAAAGCAACAUUAUCCAGAACCUCAUCUACUACAUCGAACGAGCGUAUAGAAUCAAAGAUUUCGGCAUGUGGGGCCAAGGAAGAAGAGACCGUCCUGAGGAACCAGAGCUAUCAGCCAGCAGUAUAGGCAUAACAAUAGCAGCCCUGAACCUCUGUGAUGGUCUGAACAUGUUCGGAGAAGGGUGCUCACACGAAACAGUUCUGUUUGUAGACCCGGACGCUGUGUUCAGGAAUGUGACAAUCCUUCAUAGCCUCCUACCCAGGGAGUCUAGGAGUAUUGACGUGGACUCAGCUCUCAUCAUGACCAAGGGGUUCCCGGCUUUUGUGGUGGAGGACCCUGAUCUGUGUGAGGUUAUUGAGAAGAAUGUUGAGAGUGAACUGCUGGGGACACGUGGCUAUAAGAGGUUCAUUGGGGACUUUUGUCGGAAGUCAGGUCCUGAGGAGUCUCUGAAUGAUAAUAGUGUCCCUGUUACAGAAAGUAUGGAGUUAGAGUGGCCCUUUAUUGUCCUUUUUCAAAUAAUGACGUGUAUAUUUGAGGGGAGGAUACAGGAUAUAAGCAAAUAUCGUGAUAUUCUAGAUCCAAUCUUGUACAAAACGGAGGGCUACCCCACUUUACCCCUGAACUAUUGUCACAAUGAAGAUGAGUCUCAGGAUGGGUUAAAUAAAAAUCCGAGCACUGUUUUCCAAGCUUUCCUUAUCCUAACAGAGUUGCUGGAGAAACAGCUUAUCCUCCCCCACGAGAUAGACUACCGGAGAAGAAAGAUCCACAACACAUGCAAUGUGGGACACCCCAUAAUCCAGAUCGCCCUGUUAUCAGAGUCCUUAGCAUUCCAGGCCCUGCUCUCCACCUACGGUAUAACCAGUCAGACCCCCAACCAAAUAGAAAGUGUUUAUGUGUGGCCCAGUAGUAAACUUGUAGACCUCCUAUAUUAUCAUGGCAGUGACGAGGUGUUAGGGCUGACUGGUCGUCCUAAACGUCCCUUAGGGUCCCUGUGUACGUCCCGGAUAUGGAAAAUAGGGGGUAAAACUGUCAUCUGUAUCCCACUGUUUCAGGAUAAGCAAGACUUUUACAUCUCCAAAGAUGAGACAUUCGUGGCGAAAGCCAUCAAGUCUCACUUAAAGUUCCUGAAGAAACAUUGGCGUGAGAGCGCUCGUCCGACUUUUUGCCUUCUCUUGACAUCUACCCUGUUCAAAAAGAACAGCAAACUCCUUUUCACUUUACUCAACAGCUUUAAGACUGGGAGCUUUAAGAAUGUACCCAUUAAAACGGGGAGACUCCAGGAACUUAUAACUGCAGCCUGUAAGAUGGAGAUAGUUAACGUGGCUCCUCACAUGGAUUUCCAUGCUAAUAGAAUACUUGCAAGUCCUGUUUUGCGGAGGAAAACUCUCUCUAUCAAGAGUUUGACUGGGUCUGACCUCGGAUAUGCUGAGGCAAAGUACAAUUCAGAUGAAGAAACAGAGAGUGUCAGAAAAUACUCCGAGAUAUUGGCCGAAUGCCAAACCAUGGACAGGGAUAGUCUUUCGAAUCGAGCAGUAACAAACCCCGUCACUGCAAAUAACAUUAUAGCUCUGAUCGAACUAUCCGCUAGAUAUGGUCGAGACUACAAAAUGGACAGAGAAACAAUUGUUGAAACAAUGGAACAUCACUACAAGAACUUGGAGGGAGACUGGCUAGCACUUCGUUGUUCUGGUGGCUUCCUCGGUAAAACCGUGGACAGUUUAGCUCCAUCAGUCUCUGCUGUGAUAGUCUCAGGGAGGUCCCUCUCUCUGGGGGUGCACGGUGAGCCAGAGAUCCUGGUGGAAGGACCUCUUCACCCCAGACUGCUCCACGGCAUUCUCCACAACCAAGUGGGCAAACAAAGUCUCCUCCACUCCACCCUCCAACAGGAGUGUCUGAUCUGUGUUGCUGACCUGUUAGUCGAUCAUCCGGAGCUGUUUAAAGGAAUCCUGAUAAUCAGGGUUGGUUCUCUGAUACACCUGUUACAGACGGUGAUGACUCCGGAGGAGGCACCUGUGGAGACACUGUCACCUGUGGAGACACUGUCACCUCUCGAGACACUGUCACCUCUCGAGACACUGUCACCUCAUAGGUUGGGUAAGAAAAUCAGGUACCUGCUAACAUACAGUAACAGUAUCUCCAGAAAUGGACCAUGGCAGGAACACCGGCUUAUUAAUGGGACUUUGGGACGAGUACCGGACAACUUCAGUUCACGUGUCUGGCUGAUUCUGCAGCACCAGAACAUUCGGUUUACUUGUGGUCAUUGUUAUCUUGUUUCAGGUGAUAUUCUUGGUACUAAGGUUUCGGAGCCUUUCUUUGCUAUGAAGAUUGAGCGGUUUUUGAACUGUUUUGAGGCUCAUUCCCGAAAUUUUGUUAUCGAGUUGUUUCAUGUUCUUGCAUCUACUUUGGUGAGAAAUCCUGAAGUGAAUCUUGUAGAGGAUUUCCAUGUCUUAGAUUUUAUUAAGAAGAGUGAAGUUGAGAUCGAUGAGUCCCUGGAAAUGGUAUCGAAGAAGUUUAUUAGUUGUUUAAUUAAGUUUGAAUUUGUUAAACUUGCUAACAUUGAAAACUGUAUUGUGUCAUGAAGGAGUGAAUAAUUUGAUUAAUUUUGUUACUUUAAAAAUUCAAUAAUAUAAGAGUUAGACUAUAUUUUUUCAUAUUUUCAAUUUUGAGUUUUAUAAUUUAAAUUUUCGUAACUAUAAUUAAUUAUUAAUUACAUUGAUGAUUUUAGAGCUCAUUUAACCGUAACUGACUGCGUGGUGCUUGACUUUUUGUUAAGAGGAAAUCAAUUUUAUACUGAGAAAUAAAUGAUCUUCUUUGAUCUUUAACUUAAAAAUGAAAUAAGUAUAUAACUUAAUUAUUUACUACACUUAUUGUGAGCGUUUUUAAUAAUAUGCUUAUUUUAAUCUGCGUUAAGAAUAAUUGAAAUUACUUUUUGGUGUGAUCACUGCUUAGUGCUUAAUAUAAGUUAUAUUAUAAGAGCAGUAAAUUUAUGUAAUAUAGGGUAAUGUGUAAUGUGAGUAUAAUGGCAGACAAUUUUCCUUGAUUUAUCACUUAAUU